AUGGCAGCUUCUUUGAAGCUUUUAGGGUCAAAAACUGAGCACAGGGGAUGCAUAAAUAGCGUCAAAUUCGACUCUAGUGGAGUUUAUUGUAUGACUGCCGGGAAUGAUCGGACGAUUAGGCUCUGGAAUCCCUCAAAACAACUGCACAUUAAAAAAUUUUUCGGUAAAGUGCCCAUUCUCGUCACAUGUGUCGCAGGUCCUCAUAACUAUGAAGUUAACGACGUCUGCUUGAGUGAAGAUAACAAGAACUUUGUCUCUGUCGGCGCCGAGCAUUCGGCCUUUCUCUGGGACACCCUAGAAGGGAAGGUCGUACGCAAGUACAAUCACGGAGGUUUGUUUCUAUGCUCUUGUCUGAAUGCAACCGAUGGCGUAAGAUAG